AUGUUGUAUAAUAAUUUAAUGAUAUUUAUAUUUGAAAGCUUGUAACAUGUGAUUUGAGCUUUAAUUAAAUGUACUUAAAAACGCCCCUAUUUAAUAUAUACAUAUAUACUUUCAGUAUAAUUGGAAUUCUAUAAUAAACGAGAAACCACGACAACUCACCAAUCAUUUUUUUUGUUGCCAAACGAAUGGACACCAUGUAUUAGCAUAUUAAUCGACACAUCAAGAGAAAAUAUAUAAUAAAAAAAAAAGGAUUUUAGAUUGAGACUUGAUGACAAUAUAUUGGACAAGAUUGAAAGGAUAUAGACAGGUUGGAGAGAGGGUGAGAAAAUUGCGUGGCAACUGGGAAUAUUAUUUUGAGGAUCCUCUGGGGUAUAAAAUAACAUGAACCAAGAGUAACGAGAUCACUUGGUCAACAGAGCUUUAACCUGCAAGCUCAACUACUUCGAAAAAAAAAAACUGCAAGGACUAAAAUACAAAUUCAAUCAAAAUGAUGACCAUAAAAACCAUCUUCAUUGCUGCAUUCAUUCUCAUUAUUCCAUCAUAUACACUGUCAAUUCCAUCAAUAAGAUUUGAACCUAAAGAAAGAGAUGAUGAUGUUUGUCAGGGUUGUGGUGUAAAUUGUGAUAACUGUAAAUAUGGGGUUACUAUUUCUUCUUGUCGUGUUCUCGAAUGUCGAAAGGGACCAGGUGAUGAUUGUGGUGGUGUAAAAGGUACAUGUGGAGAAGGAAUGAUAUGCAUAUGUGACAAAUGCAUUGGUUGCAGUAUCAACACCCUUGAAUGUGCUAGUUCUGAUAUCAUCAGAGAUUGUCUACCUCAUCGUAAUCGUAAUUCUCGUUAUUUAAAUUUAGAACGCGAUAAUCAUUUUACUCUUGUCAAAUAAAUUAAUAUAUACAGAUUAACAACAAAGGCAGUGAUAUAAACAAAAAAAAAAAGACAAAACGAUUUAUGAACGUA